UUUAUGUAUUACUAUCAGGAUUGGAAACCAGCAGCUCAGAACAAACAGAGCCCUGCGCCUGCGCCUGCGCAGAAUAACUCACAGACAGAUUCUGUAUCCGCUGCCAUUACAGCGCAGGGUGACAAGAUACGAACACUCAAAGCGGCUAAGGCCGAGAAGACAGUCAUUGACGUAGAGGUUAAAAAUUUGCUGAACCUAAAAGCGCAGUACAAAGCAAUUACUGGCAAAGAUUGGGCACCGAGCGCGGCCGCUCCGCAACAAGAUACCAAGAAAACUGAUAAUAAAAAGCAAACAACCGCUUCGGCCAACGGAGACAUGGAUAAGGCAGCCAUUUUGUCAGCGGACAUCGCACGUCAGGGUGACCGCGUUAGAGAAUUAAAAACUAACAAAGCUGAUAAGGCUACAAUCGAUGCAGAAGUAAAGAAGCUUCUAGAACUAAAAGCGCAGUACCAGACAGAGACCGGAUCCGCUUACGUAGCACCAACCCAGCCGAGAGAGACCAAGCCCAAAGACAAGAAGCCCAAAGAAGAGAAGAAAGAUAAACCCAAAGAUGAGAAGAAGGAUAAACCUAAAGAAGAGAAAAAGGAUAAACCUAAAGAAGUAAAGAAAGAACCUAAAACGAAGGAACCU